UAGGGCAAGUCGCCAGUUGGCUGGCGUACUUGUAUCGUCGCGGUCGUUGUAAAUUUGUAAUCUAAAUUUUCCUAUGUGUAUUCUUUCGUAUUAUACUUCCGAACUCAGUUAAAAAUUGUAUAAUUUUUUUAAAUUUACAAGUAUCGUCUUCAUUAUGAUAAUUACUUGAAAAGUGCAAAACCAGUGAAGUAAUUACUUCGAAAAUAGUUGUUUUCUAAUAGUAAUAUACCGGGAUCGUCGAAAUUGUUGAAAACGGAGAAAAAAUUGUAAAACUCAUCAACAUGCAAGUCCCCAAUGGAACUGAUCAACAAAAAUAUUUAAACGGACCCGACCAGAUCAUACCGGCAGACAGUUACAUAUGCUGUUUGCCUGGAGGACACGUCAAACUUCGGAUGGGGUCGCGAGGGACCGCUGCAGAGCCCCCUAUUUCAGUACCUGGCCUUUUAAACAGAACUGUCGCUAGGUACCCUGACGCCACUGCUCUAGCAACCAAAAAAGACGGAAAAUGGCAUAAAACUACAUAUAAACAAUAUCAAGAACGCGUUCGUACUAUGGCAAAAGGUUUUCUCAAAUUAGGACUAGAAAGACAUCACUCCGUAUGCAUUUUGGGUUUUAAUUCGGAAGAAUGGUUCGUUGCAGAUCUUGCCGUAAUACAUGCUGGAGGCUAUGCUGCUGGUAUUUACACAACAAAUUCCGCGGAAGCAUGUUUCCACUGUUUGGAAACAUCUCGCGCGAACAUCUGCGUCGUGCAGGACAAGAAGCAGUUAGAUAAAAUAUUGUCGAUACAAAGUCGCUUGAAGCACCUAAAAGCGAUAAUUCAAUGGGAGGGACAGGUGGACACUUCUAUACCUGGAGUAUAUAGCUGGGGGCAAGUUAUGGAAAUGGGCGCUAAAGAGCCGGACACGCAGCUCGACAACGUGCUAAAAUCGAUUGCUGUCAACGAAUGUUGCACUCUAGUUUAUACUUCUGGGACCGUGGGACAACCUAAGGCUGUGAUGCUUAGUCACGACAACCUCACGUGGGACGCAUUCGCAAUUUCAGAAAGAGUCGGCGAUUUAAGGCCCACCUACGACUGCCUUGUUUCCUUCUUACCUCUUAGCCACGUGGCCGCUCAGGUGGUAGAUAUUUAUACAACACUGAACAACGCUGUGGCAGUGUACUUCGCACAACCGGACGCCUUGAAAGGAAGUCUCGUAGAAACAUUGAAGGAAGUUCGACCAACUAAGUUCUUAGGUGUGCCGCGAGUAUGGGAAAAAAUGCAUGAAAAGAUCGUGGCUGUAGGUGCGACAAGCGGUUCCUUGAAACGCUCCAUAGCAGUAUGGGCAAAGCAAAAAGGAACUGAACAUCACACGGCGAGAAUUAACGGCGCCCUGUCAGCUGGGAUGACAGGUCUGCCGAUAGACUUCACCCUCUUCGAAAUGAUUAAAUAUUGGCAAGACGGUACUUCAUGCGGGUACAAGCUGGCCAAGUCGCUGGUGUUCAACAAAGUGCGCGUUAACCUGGGCCUUGACCGCUGCAACCUGUUCGUGACGGCCGCUGCACCUCUCUCCCCCGACAUCAAGAAAUUCUUCCUGUCUCUGGACAUACCCAUCAUGGACGCCUUCGGUAUGAGUGAAGCCUCUGGAGCCCACACCCUCAGCAUAUACCCCAAAUUCAAGGUGGACUCUUCGGGCGAAAUCCUUGACGGCACAGAAACUAAAUUCGACGGUUCACCAAGCAUCAACGGUCCAGGAGAAAUUUUAAUGCGAGGCCGACACGUGUUCAUGGGCUACUUGAACGACGAAGAAAAAACCAAAGGCACCAUUGAUGAUGAGGGAUGGCUACAUUCGGGAGAUGUAGGCAGAUUAGACAGCAAUAAUUUGCUAUACAUUACUGGCAGGAUAAAGGAACUAUUAAUUACGGCCGGUGGUGAAAACAUUGCACCAGUUUUAAUCGAGCAAGCCGUACAGUCCGAACUGUUGCAUGUUGGUUACGCUGUAUUAGUUGGAGAUAGGAAAAAAUUCUUGGCUAUUCUUCUCACGCUUAAGUGCAAAAUUAAUUCAAAUACCGGCGAUGCACUCGACGAGCUGGACACUGAAACUAAGAAAUGGGUGGCAAGCCUCGGAAGCACAGCUACUACGCUUAGUGAGAUUGUCAGAACCAAAGACACAGCUGUACAUAAGGCUAUCGAAGAAGGUAUUGCACGUGCGAACAAACACGCUAUUUCAAACGCGCAAAAGGUCCAAAAGUUUGCUAUUCUUCCCGCAGACUUUUCUAUGAACAGUGGAGAAUUAGGUCCAACACUAAAAAUAAAACGAAAUGUUGUAUACGAGAAGUACAAGGAUAUAAUUGAAGGAUUCUACAAGGAUUAAUAUUUAGAUUAAUUGUUAUUAGGGAAAUGGGAGAAAUGAACAAAUUUUAUACAAUCAUGUUGCUCAAAUAGAAUAAUAGUUCCAUCAGUUGUGAUCAUCGAAAUGUAAUAUUUUUUUGUUACCAAAUAUUUAUAUAUAGUUUUG